AUGCCUACACAGCAGCAGGACUUCUUGUUCGUCGACGCCGCUCAAGCAAAGACAUCUCGCCAAGGUCGCCGCAAUGCUCGUUCGUUUGUUAUGCAGAAUGCGCGGAGGAAGAACCCAUGGUCUACCAGCAAACAUGCUGCCAAGCAGAGAAAGACUGGAAGCAGCCCAGAGGGAGGCAACAGUCCCAGCAGUAUAACUACCUCGGACUCGACUGUUACACCCAAAACUGCCACGCCAAGUCCACCAAUCAUGGCCUAUACGCCAGACUAUUUCCCCUCGCAGGACCUGCCCGAUUCUCAUUUGACCAAAGGGGAAGUUUGCCCGGACUGCCACAUUUUCAGGUGUCGCUCUGGCCAGCGGUUGUGCCCCAGAUGUAUCCUACUCAACCCUCCCUCUCCGGUUGAGGUACCCAACAAUCAAUUGUUCGAUCCCUUUCGUACCUCGUCUGUCGAGAUUACAAAAACAGUCUCCGAAUUAUUGACUCAUUUCUCCACUGAAAUGGCACCUGGUAUCAUUGCAGUCGACAUUCGGCAUCGGUCGACGCUGAUGAAGUCGGACUGGUUUGGCACGGCAAUAGGUAAUCCUGGCUUCAUGCACAGUCUGCUCUCGACGAUAGCGUUGCAUGCCUACGUGUUCGGCAAAGGCACCUUCGAUGCCAUUCUGUACCAUAGGGCCCAAGCCAUCGCGGCCGUGAAUGCGGCCAUAUUGACUCCAGAAGGCAUCUCCGACGCAAACAUCGGAGCCGUGUUCAAUCUGCUGACGGUGGAGGAGAGCCUGUUGUUGCCGACGUUUGCGCUGAACGAAGAUCACAUAGCCCAGCUGCAGAUACAUCAAAAAGGGCUGCAGCGCAUGGUGCAGCUGCGGGGCGGACUGAAGGAAAUCAAAACAAAUCGCAUUCUCCAGGCUUUUAUGCUUUGGCAUUCGACCGCGCACGCCAUCGCCUCCUUCCAAGCGCCCAACCCCUCCACUCUAGACUUUGUCAGUACAACAAGUUUCCCCCACCACCCACGCGGCUACCGCCCAAACAUCUCACACCACCUAACCGACUACUGCCGCCACGCCGGCGUCAAAGAAACCCUCAACGCCCUCGUCGAAUCCGUGCUCAUCCUAAUCGCCGACCUAAACGUCUGGUUCAGCGACCCGGAAAGCCCACUCGACCCUCUCGACAUCCAAAACUUCGCCUGUGUCCUAGAAUGUCUUCUACUAACCUGGCUGCGAGAAAACGAACAAGCCGUCACGCCCCUUGAAGACGCACUAUGCGUUGCCCUCCUCAUCUUCACCGUGCGCACAACUGAGGCGAUGAAACUGCAGUCGCACGUCCAUUUGUUACAUUUUGCGGCUAGCAAACGGCUGGAGAAAGCGCUGAAUUGUACGAUUCGAGCCGAAUGGCAACAUUGUCCCGACCUCCUCCUCUGGAUCCUGUCCAUCGGCGCGAUAUCCGCUGAACCGUCGCCGGAGAGUACGUGGUUCGUGCACCAGACGUCGAUCGCAUGUGCGGAAUUCGGUAUCCUUUCUGCAGAAGCUUUGUUACGACGACUGCACCUUUGUGGCUGGGUUAGCUAUAAGCUCAAUGAAGCGGCUUGUCACCUCUGGGACCGAGUUAUUAAUCUCAGGCGAACGCCAUACUACGAUAAGCCGGCCUCCUUUUCGAAAGAUGAUGAUGAUAAUGAUGAUGACGACGCCAAUAGCCCCGUUGGGCCGCUGCAGCAUCACGUUGCGCAGCCGCAGUUUGACGCUUGGGAGAGUAUUGAUUGGGCGGCGUUGAGUGAGGGGCAUGCUGAGUAUCGUAAUGCGACGACGGUGGAGCGGCCUGGAGGGGUGGCAGCAGCAGGAGGAGGAGAUGCGGUACCCGCGCCGAUUGAGACACCGCAGAACGCUAGGAGUGGUGGGUAUGAGUUUGGUUCCCACCAGCUCCUCCUCGUUCUCGUCCUUUCGGGCGUCAUGUCGACGUUGUAG